AUGAAGGAAGCUUUUAUUUCGCCGGAUACUCAAGUCGAGAUUCGAGAAGUGCCAAUCCCGGUUCCAAAGGCCGGUACAAACCCCAAAGAUUGGAAGGUCCCAAUCUUUCUCCAGAAGUCUGUAAACUCUGGCGAUGAUGUUGCAGGUAUCAUCGAGGCGGUAGGUGCUGGAGUGUCCGAGUUCAAGCCCGGAGACCGCGUGGCUGGUAUGCACGAGAUUGGGACAGCACAUGGCUCCUUUGCCGAGUUCGCCAUCACACCUGCUUCUACGACAUUCCAUAUUCCCGACAAUGUUACAUUCGAGGAGGCUGUCACGAUUCCAUUGAAUGGUCUUGUUGCAGCAUAUGGUCUCUAUCACGUCCUUCGUCUACCGGCACCUUGGUCACCCACCGGGAUAAAGAAAACUCCUUUCGUCAUCCACGGCGCUGGAACAGCUAUAGGUGCCCUCGCUAUCAAGCUCGUCAAAGCCGCAAACAUCCACCCAAUUAUUGCAACGGCCGGCAAUUCGAGCGAUUUUGUCAACAGUCUUCUCGACACUGAGAAGGGCGAUGCUCUUGUUGAUUACCAGCAACCGCACGACAAGUUUGUAGCCGAGAUCCACUCGGCUAUUGUCAAGGCCGGUGGUGGUCCGGCUUGGUAUGGUUUGGAUUGUGCUACGAAUCAUGACGGUGCUCCCGAGUACAAGGGUGUCCUAGACGGCGCCUUGGGACUGCAGGCUGGUUUGGAAGACUCGGCCGGAAGAAAGCCGCUUGUUGCUACCGUUCAAGCUGGAUCCAAGUUUACAGGUCAUGUAGACGGCGGUGACAUCAACGUCAUGGUCGCACACACUGGCAGCAACGAAGAGAAGUGUCUUGCGUACACGGCCAGCCGACUCUUCGCAUAUGGCCUGGCUAGUGGCUGGUUGACGGGUCAUCCUACAGAGGUGGUAGAGGGAGGUUUGGAAGGAGUGGGAGAGGCUCUUCGAAGACUCAAGAGUGAGCAGGUCUUUGGAAAGAAGUUGAUCAUUAAAAUCGGAGAGCUGUGA